CUAUCUCUAGGUAGACCGAGAUCGUCGUCAAAAGGAUACUUACUCUCUUACCUUUCUCCCCAUGUUCCGGACGAGGCUACAGCCACAGACCAACAAAUCCCACGAUCCCACGAUCUGUAUCGACAGCAUAGAAUACCCAUCCCGUGUCGAACGACCUGUCGCCAACGCUUAAGUGAAGGAGAAAGUAUUGCAACAGACACAAAUGUCCCUCGCCAUAUUGUCGGAUGAGGUCAUCCGCGCCUUGCUCGAGAAUCUCACUCGUGAAGAGGCAGAGAACUUUCAGGAUGUGUUAAAGAACGCGCUCCACGAGUAUUCCACGGGGACACAGGCCGCUGGCACGAACCAGCCGGCGAGGACCUCCACUUAUUCGGAGCGAACCGGGACGACGACAAUGUUCAUGCCUUCUUGCAGUCCGGCUGGAAACGGGAUAAAAGUCGUGACCGUUUCCUCACCACACGCUGAUCCCUCGCUCCCUGCGAUUCGGCCCACGGGCUCCCUGACACUGUAUUCGCCCGAAGGCAACCCGGUCGGCUUCCUCCACGCCCAGACACUUACAGCGUUCCGCACAGCGCUCGCCUCCUCAUGCCUCCUGACGAAGCGCGCCACGGUGCGGACGCUGACAGUCUUCGGCUCGGGCCUACAAGCAUAUUGGCACAUCCGCUUAGCCCUCCUGCUCCGCGGCAGCACAAUUCGAACCGUGAACAUAAUCAACCGGCGAUUCAGCGACAAUGCGCGGAACAUCCUGAAGAAGUUUUACGCCGUGCCGCUGGAGGUCAAGGAGCGUGAGGGCUGGGACCAGGCGCAAUUCAGCGUCCUAACACCGGGAUAUGGCGAAUACGAUAGAUUGCAGAAAGAACACGUCCGGGAAGCGGACGUUAUCUACUGCUGCACACCUAGCACGACGGAGCUCUUCAAUGCAGAGAUCCUGACGAGUCGCGAGGGGAGGAGGAAGGGGAGACUAGUCGUUGCCAUUGGAAGCUACUCGGAAGAUAUGCGUGAGCUCCCGCGCGAUUUACUCGCUCAAGCUACGCGAACGCAUCAGCACGGGCACCUCCACUACCACAAACAUGCUACUGAGGGCGGCGUGAUCAUUGUCGACUCGCUCGACGGCGCGCUCAAGGAAGCUGGUGAGCUCAUUGAUGCUGGGUUGGGGCCUAAACAGCUCGUCGAGCUAGGAGAACUCAUCAUGAUCAGACGUCUGGCAAUAGAGGAUAGUGACACUUCGUCCCAGCAGUCAGCAGAAACGGAUUCGGUUUCCGAACCCUUCGACAAACUCGACAUCGACUCAGGAACAAUGAAUAGCAGCAGCAAACGUUCUUCGUCGCGGAGCCCGUCGCGAGCCAGCAGCGGCACUGGGGAGUCUGGCUCAAGCGGAUUCCAUCUCCCGGCUAUUCUAAACCCCCACCAACACCACAAACGCUCGAAAAGUCACGCAGACGAGAAGCGCAAUGACCAUUUGGCGCGGUGGCUCACCGCCGGCAACGUUAUCUACAAGAGUGUUGGCCUCGGCCUCAUGGAUCUUGUCAUCGGGUUCCAGAUCAUCAAACUAGCGAACGAAAAGGGGGUCGGCGGACAUCUUCAAGAUUUCUCCCCAACGAGUGGCUAGGGCGAGGGGGGCGGCGAAUAGUUAGCGCAAGGAGGACGAGAAAGAUGAUCUAUGUCGGGGCAUGAAUUUCAAAUAUUAUCGCAAGGUUCGACACCUUGAAAAUAUGGCUCG